AUGCCAAAACAAGCUGUGCAGCCUGGUAUCUUUACAAGGAGAACUGUUCCUUGCCACAGUUGGUGCUGGGCUCAUGUGGAUGUUUGUGGAACUGCAAGUCCCAGAGACCCAAGCAGUAUCAGAGACAAGGAUCCUUUGCUCAGCCUCUGCCCGGGGAACAUGGCAGCUCUGUCCACAGACACAUGCGGGCUCAUGGAGCGCUCGGUCCGGGAGCGGGUCCCGCCUCUGCUCACCGACCUGUACCAGUUCACUAUGGCCUACGCGUACUGGCGGGCCGGCCGGCACCAGGAGCCCGCCGUGUUCGAGAUGUUCUUCAGGGACAACCCGUUCGGCGGCGGCUUCUCGCUGUUCGUUGGGCUGAAUGACUGCCUACUGUUUCUGCGGAGCUUUCGCCUGACAGAUCAAGAUGUGCAGUUCCUGCGCUCCGUCCUGCCUCCCAACUCUGACCCUGCCUUUUUUGACUUCCUGCGAGGCCUCGACUGUUCGGCUGUGACGAUACGCUCUCUCCCGGAGGGUUCUGUGGUGUUCGCCAGGGUGCCUUUAAUGGAGGUGGAGGGUCCACUGGCUGUGGUUCAGCUGCUGGAGACCAGUUUACUGUGUCUGGUCAAUUAUGCAAGUCUGGUUUGCAGUAACGCAGCUCGUUUCCGCCUGGCGGCCGGAUACCAGAGGAGGCUGCUGGAGAUGGGCCUCCGACGGGCACAGGGACCAGACGGAGGGCUGACAGCCUCACGAUACACACACAUCGGAGGAUUUGAUCUCACCAGUAACGUUCAGGCUGGUUUCCUGUUUGGGAUUCCUGUUGCGGGGACAAUAGCACACUCUUAUGUCACUUCCUUCAACUCCUUGGAGGAGGUCUGGCCACAGACACUUGUGACAGCGAAUGGAGACCCCGAUCCAGUCAACAUCAUUUCUCUGACUAAAGGCUGGUUGAGGAGAGUCUGUGAGCUGCUGGGAGCAGAGCCUGGGAAAAUCCGUGAGGGCGAGCUGGCAGCUUUCCUCUCCUAUGCCAUCGCCUACCCUCAGAACUUCCUGCCUGUGAUUGACAGCUACAGCGUGGGAUGUAGUGGACUGUUGAACUUCUGCGCCGUGGCCUUGGCGUUGUGUGAACUGGGUUACAAGCCUGUGGGGGUCCGCCUGGACAGCGGAGACCUCUGCAGGCAGUCCAUUGAAGUCCGUCGGGUGUUUCGACUCUGCAGUGAGCAGUUCUCCGUGUCAACAUUUAACUCUCUGAUCAUCGUAGGGACCAACAACAUCUCAGAGGAAAGCAUGGCUGAACUCAACAAGAAGGAGAAUGAGAUCGAUGUGAUUGGCGUCGGAACACAUCUGGUCACCUGCACCAAGCAGCCGUCUCUGGGCUGCGUCUAUAAGCUAGUGGAGGUGAGAGGAAGACCAAGGAUGAAGAUCAGCGAGGACCCAAAGAAAAGCACUGUUGCAGGGAGGAAAGCCAUCUAUCGACUGUUAGAUGCUGACGGUUAUUCCUUCCUAGACUUGUUGUGUCUAAUGGUCGAGCCUCCUCCUGAGGCAGGGUGUACAUUGACCUGUUAUCCUCUAGGAGGCGAUAACUCAGCAGUUUCAGUCACGCCAGCUCAGGUGACCUGUCUGCAAAAGGAAGUCUUCCUUAAAGGGGAGGUUACAGAGCCUCUGUGCAGUGCUGCAGAAACUAGAGCAAAGGUCCAGAGCUCCCUGCAGACUCUGCACCCUCGACACAAGAGGCUGCAGGAGCCUGACUCUUACACAGUGGCGCUCUCAGAGAAACUCCGCAACUUGGUUACAGAGCUCCAAAAAGGCAGCAAUAGCAACAGCAACUUUCUGUUAGCCAACUAAGAAUGUUCUUUUGUUUGUUUGUUUGUUUCCAAAGUGCCUCACAGUCCAAUGUGCACCAGCUGAAGUUGACUUCAGUCUCUAGCACUGAUUAUCACAAACUCGAUUGAACAGGGUUUGUGGGGAUAAACAAAUCAUUUCAGUAAAUGUUACUCAACAUGUUUUUGCUAGCUGUUACAAUGUUUUAUAAAAAAAAUCUGGUAAAUGCAAAGUGGGCAGUGUAACUUGGGUUAUGCUCAUAUUGCAGGUUUUAACAUUCCCAUUUUUUAGUGGUAGCAUUGUUUUGAUUAUUAAUGUGGAUCAUCUGACUUUCACUGCAGUAUAAAACGUUUGUGGUCCUGAAUUGACCUGCAUGCUCACAAGACAUGAUGUUACAUGCACCAUGCUGUGUUUGUAAAAGGAAAUAUAGGUGCCACUCAUGUCAUCAUGUGUGUAUCUACUCUGGAGCAGUUCUGCAAUCUGAGCUGAUGAAAUCCAUGACUUUCUGCUGUAAUGUUUCUAAAUACUUUGACAGGAAUUUGUAAAAGUAAAUUGAGCAUCUGUCAAAUCUACCAAGUCUGGUAGAUGUGACAGUUUGUCUUUUGAUUGUGUCACUUCCCACCUGCUCCGAUGCAAAAUCUGGGAACCUGUUAAUUUAAAGAAGAUCAGACAGGCGGCUUGGAGCACAUAUGAAAUUAGCCUGAGUCUAAUUUAAAGACUUAUAGCCUUAAGUGUGUUUGUGGCCUUGGGUAAAGUCAUAUUCAAUAAGUCUGAAUAUUAUUGAAAACUCUAUUUUUUUCCAGUAACUAAAUACACAAGGUUAAAAAAACAGUAAAUAAACAGAUGUUUUAUUUUGUCAAUUAUGAGGAUUUUUCUACAUACAGCUAAUGAAAGCACAUCAUUUAAGACUUGAAUAUUACAUAACAUUGUUAAUAUUGGAUAUUAUUACCUGUCCAACACCAUUUUCUCUUCAAAUUCUUAUGUAAAUACAGCAGUUUCUUUUCAAGUGAUAGUAAAGUAGUGCUUACAACUUAAGAAAUGGAAGAAAAAAUAUUUUCUUACCAAAUGUAAAAGCUGACAAUUGAUAGAAAAGAAGGUUUAAAAAACACUAAGAUGAACUGUGAUGGUGUGCCAUGACUCAGAGGAAUGUUUUGCAGUUUACAUGCACCAUCCCGCCAUGCAACUUGGUGUUGUUUAAAUGCAGUAUAUUUAUGUUCAUCAUAAUAACUUCAUGCGUCAUAUAAACCAUCUCUUUGCAGAGUUUGCAUCAAAUCCUGUUUCUAACUGAACCAACUUAGAAAGUGAGAGGCAGAAAAAUUUAUUUUUUUGUGACAUCUUUAGGGAAAGCUUUCAAACAUUUUUCAUGAAGAUCCUGCAAAGAUAUGAGUUUGGUCCAGACUUCUUCAACUGUUUAGAUCAAUUGCGUCCUCAAAAAGCUCCACUGAAGGACACAAGACAGCAAAACAUAAGAGCGCUUUCAGUUAAAGCUCCAUUAAUCUAAAUCUGCUGAGGAAUUUAGCAAAUUAAAUUUUAGCAAAUUAAGACCAUGUGAGGUCUUUUGAUUAAGUCUAGCAUCACUACCCCCAAGCUCUAAAACCAUGUUUGUAAGCUUAAGCCAAGUAGACAUGACAGUAUUGUUUAUUUUGAUAUGUUUCUAUUUUGUCUAAUAAAUUCAGUUACAGCUUCAAAGGUUUUCUCUUUUGCCCAUAUCCUCCCUCCUUCCUCCAGUUUGUGGACUUUCUUGCCCUCUGGUGGUAGCAGAAAAAUACUGUUUCUUAAAAUGUGUUUUAAAUAUGAGAACAGUACUCUUUUCAUAGCGAUUUUACGUGUGUCUUUGAACCAGGCUUCCAAGAUUGGAGGUCCUUCAUCUCUCUUAACUCCAACAAAGGUUCCCCACCCCCUUGUGUAAAGAAAUUUUGUUUCAGUUCUGAUUGGUCGCCUUCUUGUCCAGCAGCAUUAGAGCCCAGAUACACCCAGUGGACAUAUGGUGCCUAUUAGACAUGGAGAGGACGUGAUAUCAUCCAUGACCGACUCGUACCCCAGAGGUGGAUCAGUUGGCGCUCACAUAUUUCACAUGUGUGCAGUUUUACAGCCUUCUCACAAUUGUGCAAAUGUUUGGAGACAUAUCCAUUUUAAAGUUAAGUACCAGUAGUGGAAAAAGUGGCUUUAUAGUCAUAAACUAAAUGUGGUAGAGGGACAAAAAUGCAUUGUGUAAAUGUCAAAUUAUAAUGGAUAUUUGCUGAUCAGUAAUAAAUUUACAAUUUAAACUUCCAGUUCAUUGCUUUAUCCAGUUAUUUUGAGGAAGGUAACCUAUAAUUUACUUCUCAUGGUGAUAACAUAACUUUUAGUGUACUUCUAAAUCUGCUUCUUAGUCGCAUCUUUUCGGGCUUGCAUCAUUUUUCACAUUUUUGCUUUUACAGUGCUCUACGUUAUUCUGAGAGACUUUUUGUUGGUAGAGUCUUACAUAUAGGAAGAAAUAAGAUGAAACUAUUUAAUAUAUCAAGGUGGGCAUUUUCUUAAAACUCUAAAACGAUAAAAUAAAACUCAUUCAUAGAAUAACAAUAUCAUCGAGUUUUUGCUAUGGGCAAAUGUUAUUAAGUUUGGUUAAGAAUAAUUAUUGCACUUUUAAUAAAUUACCGGUACUUCUAAUAGAUGUUCUACAUAGUUGCCAGAGGAACACAAUAAUGCCUUCAUGAGCUCAGAGGUUCAACCUGAUGAAAAAGGAGGGUGGAUGCUCUCUACUAAAAUAUUCCUUGCCAUCUUCCAUGUUCUUUCAGCAAACAGUUGAGACAGAGUUGUUUUUGGCUUCACUAGUAUUUACCUGCAGUAUAGGAAUAUAGGAAAUGGCGCCC